GCACACAGGAUGAUUUUAAUCGCGCUGGACAGCGGCCAGCGUCACUCACAGUCUCAGCAAGUCAGCGCGCUGCGCACGAGAGCAACAACCUCAUUCCUGGAUAUACGGCACUAGAAGCGAGUGCGCGGCGCGCGGACACAAAUCGCCUUUCGCUGGUUGACAGGAGCGCGCGAAUGCUUUCCAAACUGAAAUGAAUCGCUGACGGCCGUUUGAAAAUGAAGAGGCUUUCUCGAAAGCUGACUUUAGCCCUGGCAGCGCUUUUUUGGAUAGCAGCUUUACUAUAUUUCAUACUGCUGAACAGCCGGAAAAUACUACCUGACCAAAGAAACGAGCAACCGCAAGUGAAAGAGAUCUCUGAUACUGAGUGGGAUGACCUGCUGGAAGAGUUUGAAGAGAAAAGCUACCUCAGUGCUCACAGAUGGAAACCGGGCCAGGACCCAUACAGUCUGUAUGCCUUCAAUCAAAGAGAGAGCGAACGAAUCCCCAGCAACAGAGCACUUAGAGACACCCGGCAUUACAGGUGUACAACACUGCACUAUGACCCUGAUCUGCCAUCCACCACCAUAGUAAUCACGUUCCACAAUGAGGCACGAUCCACCCUACUGCGCACAGUUAGAAGCGUGUUGAAUCGGACUCCUGUGCAUCUGAUUCAUGAAAUCAUACUGGUGGAUGACUUCAGUGAAGAUUCAAACGAUUGCCUUCUUCUCACCAAGUUGCCCAAAGUAAAGUGUCUUCGCAAUAAACACAGAGAAGGAUUGAUUCGCUCUCGUGUUCGAGGGGCUGACGCUGCAGGAGCCCAGAUCCUGACUUUUUUGGACAGUCACUGUGAGGUCAACAAAGAUUGGCUGCCUCCACUGCUGCAGAGGGUCAAAGAGGACCCGACCUGUGUCGCCAGCCCCGUGAUUGACAUCAUUAAUAUGGACACGUUUGCCUACGUCGCCGCUUCCUCAGACUUGCGAGGAGGAUUCGACUGGAGUUUACACUUUAAAUGGGAGCAACUAUCUGCUGAAAAGCGAGCCAAGAGAGCUGACCCUACAGAGCCCAUUAAAACGCCCAUCAUCGCAGGAGGACUUUUCGUGAUUGACAGAUCCUGGUUCAAUCGCUUGGGGAAAUAUGACACCGCCAUGGACAUCUGGGGAGGGGAGAAUUUCGAAAUCUCGUUCAGAGUAUGGAUGUGUGGAGGAAGCCUGGAAAUUAUCCCCUGUAGCAGGGUCGGCCACGUUUUCCGCAAGAAACAUCCUUACAUCUUCCCAGAGGGCAAUGCCAACACCUACAUAAAGAACACCAGAAGGACCGCUGAGGUUUGGAUGGAUGAGUUCAAACUGUUCUACUACUCGGCUCGACCGGCUGCCAGAGGAAAAUCCUAUGGAGACAUUCACGGCAGGCAGGAGCUCCGCAAGAGUCUCAACUGCAAAUCCUUCAAGUGGUAUCUGGACAACGUCUAUCCGGAGCUCAAAGUACCUGAUGAUUCUGAUGCCAAGUCUGGUGUGAUCCGGCAGAGACAGAACUGUCUAGAGUCUCGAGUAGUCGAAGGGCAGGAUCUCCCAGUGCUCACACUCGCACCUUGCGUCAUCACCAAAGACAUACCAGCAGCCAAUCAGGAGUGGAUCUACACCCACGGACAGCAAAUCCGCCAGCAGCAGUACUGUCUGUCCGUCUCCACCACUUUCCCUGCCUCCCAGAUCCUACUCAUGCCGUGCAACAUCAGCGACGGCAAGCAGCGCUGGCAGAAGUCUGGCACUCACCUGGAGCACCUGGCAUCUCGUUUCUGUGUGGACAGCGAGAUGGCUCUGGAUGGCAUCGAGAGCAGUAAAAUGCUGGUGAUCAGCCCGUGCGAGCUGUCGGCGCACACACAGAGAUGGGAAAUGCCUUUCUCGUGAUCCUUCCCUCCUUGGCCUCUCGUCACCUCUCAGAGCUCAGCUGGAGUCAAAGAUGGAUAGAGAGGCAGAGAGAGCGAGUGUGUACCUCCAGGAGGUGCUACAUCUGUGUCCUGCUGUUCUGCUCUGUCCACUCCCUUUGUUUCUUCAGCACACCCCAGGUUCCCCAGAGUGUCAGUCAUACUGAUGCUCAGCAGAACAGAGUCUGGCAGCUGGACGCACACAAACUUGCGGGACACACACCGAGUGUGACACACACACGCUCACACUGGAGAACAGCGCACAACCUUUAUAUUUCUGUUUCGCUUGACUUUACCCAGAGACGAAGCACUUGUGAGAUACAUCUGCUAGCACAUCCACAUACAAUAAAUUCCCUAUUUUUUCUUAA